CUGGACAGUUAUCUGACAGCUGGCCUCUCCGAGAGAGAUAGAGAUUUAUCAGUGGCGGAGUGGACCACGGAAAAAGGUAAGUGGGACUGGGAACGAAUGAGAAGAGUCCUGCCUGAUAGUGCCUUGACCUUGAUUGCAGGAACAGAUCCACCCAAUCCUGAACUUGGAGAGGACAAGACAAUUUGGGGCCUUGAGAGAGACGGGAGAUUUCGGCUGAAGUCAGCAUACUACCUGGCGGCAGCAGAUGAAGAAGAGGAGGAGACUAACGAAACCAGCUGGAAAAAGGAUUUGGAAAUGGAAAGGACCCAACAGGGUCAGACACUUCUUCUGGAUCGUUUUUCACGAGCGCCUUAUGACGAAUCAGGAGCGCAAAAGAAGGAAGAUCACUGGGAAUGA